GUGAUAAAUCUGCGCAGGAGUUCAAUCGAUAUUCGCAACAUACUUUACUCUUACUCUACCCUGAAACUCAGCAGUACUAAAACGCUCAAUUGAUUAUUUCUCAGGAUCCAUGAAGAAUUUCAGAAGGAAGAUGCUGUAAUACAGGAUGCAAAUGGCAAAUGAGGGAAUUGUUUGUGUAAAUCAACUUGGGGGGGUGUUUGUAAAUGGACGACCCCUUCCCACGUGCACAAGAAAAAGAAUAAUUGAACUGGCAUCGGGUGGAAUGAGACCGUGUGAAAUUUCCAGGAUUUUACAGGUAUCAAAUGGCUGCGUCAGUAAGAUAUUGUACAGAUACCAGCAGACUGGUCUUUUGUGCCCAAAAACAAUCGGAGGGAGCAAGCCUCGUCUCCUUACACCUGAAGUGAUUGGUAAAAUCAUCCAGUAUAAAUGGGAAAACCCAUCGCUUUUUGCCUGGGAAAUUCAGGGGAAGCUUUUGGCAGCAAGGGUCUGUAAACCAGACAAAAUCCCAAGUGUUUCCUCUGUAAAUCGGAUUUUAAGGAAUAUACAGCUGGACCCAGGUCAUCUGCAGUUUGAGGAAUCUGUGCCAUACCAAUGGAGCUCAGAAACAAUCAAAAAGAAAGCAACAGAUGGAAUGAAUGCUGUAAGGGGAAAUGACUGUGAUUUGCAGAAGAUCUUGGUCAAAAGCAGUCAGCACCGGAACAGGACAGUUUUCACUCAAGAGCAAUCGGUGGCUUUAGAGCAAGAAUUCAUAAAGACUCAGUAUCCAGAUAUCUUCACUCGAGAGAAAUUAGCUGCAGAAAUCAACCUUCCUGAAGGAACAAUAAGGGUCUGGUUUUCAAAUAGAAGAGCAAAAUGGAGGCGAGAGGAAAAGUUGAAAUGCGGAAUCUAUCGUACGGAGAAUAGCCUAUGCACAGGAAAUCCAAACUUCUUAAGAACAACAGCACAAGAGUUUGCAGCAUUGCAUUCAACUAAGACUGACAGACAUAUUCUACAGGACCCCAGUAUAAAUGCAUCGAUGCUAAGUCGAGCUCAGGAGUACAACCCAAAUAGUGCUGCAAAUGCUUAUGAAAAUAUCAGUUCUCUUUUGAUGGCUGAAAAUUUUAAUCAAGGUGUGUUGCACAGCACUGCAGGAAGUGGUUCAUCGUUUUCUGGCUCACAGUGGCCUCUGCUGUCAUACUCCACUGCAGACAGAGGAUCAGUACCAGUCCUUCCUGGGCCAUAUGCACCAUUGCUUUUUCCUAAUUCAUAACGUCAAAACCUCCUACAGCAAAAUAUGAAAGAUAAAAUCAGCAAUCCAUACCACAGGUAACAAUAACCAUGUUCACAAAAGAAAGUUGUAUCAAGUGUUAUCAAAUAAAUUCUAAGUGCCUUUAAUGCCAAGUGCUGUGUAAAGGAAUGCAUUAACUACGCCACUUCUCAAUAUGCCCUAAAGGUCCUGGUGUUGUAUGGUCUUUUCAGUCACUGUAUGCUCAGACUGUGUGAGAACUCUGAUAACAGUUGUUUCUGUUAUUCACCUUAUGUCAAGGUAAAAGGAGAAAAUGCAACACAAUAGCUCUAUUUAACACAGAUCAGAGGGUUUAAACUUAUAUUCUAUUUUACGUUACACCUUUACAGCAUAUACAAAAUAUACUUACAUACCUACCUGGGGAACCAUGUACCAAUCUUUAGUUGGUACCAAUCUUUUAAUUGGUAAUCUUUAGUUACCAAUCUUUAAUCUGU